AUGGCUCACGUGGUCGACGCAGCCCACCGGUUGUCCAAAACUGGAUCAACCCCCUACGUAGUGCUGGAGCUUAAGAAGGGUGCUUCACCUGAAGACGUCAAAAAGGCCUACAGGAGACUGGCCUUGAAGUAUCAUCCAGACAAGAAUCCAGGGGACCCUCAAGCAGCAGAAAUAUUCAAGGAGAUCAACGCAGCCCACUCCGUACUGAGUGACCCUAAGAAGCGGCAAAUUUACGACCGGCAUGGCUCAUUGGGGAUAUAUAUCUACGACCACUUUGGCGAACAAGGCGUCACCUACUAUUUUACGCUGAAUAGCUGUUGGUUCAAGACGCUUGUCCUCCUGUGUGCUCUGCUUACCUGUUGCUGUCGCUGCUGCUGCUGCUGCUGCUGCUGCUGCUUUUGCUGUGGAACACUUAAGCCACCACCCGAGGAAGAAGCUAAGAAAAAAUAUGAGCCGAAUGUCCAGAAUCAGCCUCCAAGGCCAGGACACAGAGAACAUUUUAGAAGAGGGGAAGAUAAUUCUAGUGAUGAUAAUUAUUAA